ACAAAUUUAUUCAAAUCGUCUUAAAAUUUAAAUUCGUUGUCUUGGGAAAUAAAGAGGAGUUUUGUACUUAACAUUUGACUUCAGUUUUUUCCUUGAAGAUGGCCGAUGGUGUGAUAAAGAGUUUCGUUCGGGAUAUUUUUGCGAUAAAAUAUAAUCCAAAGACACAUGAUCCAGAAUCAAAGCGUAUCGAUGGCGGAGGCUGUUGUUAUCCAAAUUGUGCCUCAGAUGUUUGGCUGCGUUCAUGUGAACGUGAAAUUAUUGAACCGAUUGAGGGACAUGUCGACGGACACAUACCAAAAUGGUUAAAUGGCAGUUUACUACGUAAUGGACCGGGUAAUUGGAAAGUUGGAGAUAUGAGCUUUCAACAUUUAUUUGAUUGCUCAGCGUUGUUGCAUCGUUUUGCUAUUAAAAAUGGUCAUGUUACUUACCAGAAUCGAUUUAUACAAACAGAAACAUUGAAGAAAAAUUCGACUGCUCAACGUAUUGUUGUGACGGGAUUUGGAACAGCUUCUGUACCGGAUCCAUGUCACUCGAUAUUUGAUAAAGUAUCAGCAAUUUUUCGACCAGAUAGUGCAUCCGAUAAUACUAUGAUUUCUAUAUAUCCAUUUGGUGAUGAAUAUUAUACGUUUACAGAAGCUCCAAUUAUACACAGAGUAAAUCCUCGGACAUUGGCAACUGAAGCACGGGUAUGUGUAAGCGAUUUUGUUGGUGUUAUAAAUCAUACAUCUCAUCCACAUGUUUUACCAAAUGGUACAGUUUAUAAUUUGGGUAUGGCCGCUUCUAGAUCAGGACCAACAUACAAUAUAAUUUGCUUUCCACACGGUGAAAGUAUGUUUGAAGAUGUUUAUGUAGUGGGGAGUGUGCCAUGUCGUUGGAAACUACAUCCUGGUUAUAUGCAUACAUUUGGUAUAACCGAAAAUUAUUUCGUAAUCGUAGAACAACCCCUUUCCAUAUCAUUAACAGAAUUUGUUAAGGCUCAAAUCUACAAUCAAAAUUUAUGUUCAUGUUUAAAGUGGUUUGAAAAUAAACCGACAUUAUUCCAUCUAAUGGAACGUAAAACUGGUAAAGUUCGUUACACUUUCCAUUCGGAGGCAUUCUUUUAUUUACAUAUCGUGAAUCAAUAUGAGGAGGAUAAUCAUGUGGUUAUCGACAUAUGUUGUUACAAAGAUCCUGAGAUGAUAAAUUGCAUGUAUUUGGAAUCCAUUAUGAAUAUGCAAACAAAUCCUAAUUAUGCAUCUUUGUUCCGUGGUCGUCCCUUACGUUUUGUAUUGCCAUUAGGUAGUAAUAUAGAUGUUCCUACUACUGAACGUUGUGGUAGUAGAAAAAAGCUUGUGAAAUCUUUUUCUCUCUCUGGAAUUAGUGCACGUUUACAGCAACCUAAACUGAAACAUUCAGAAUCUCAACAUGAGGAUGUUACUUACAUAGCCACAAAUAGAAAAGAACAAAUACAAAUUGGUGGUUUAAGUGAACAAAAUUUGUCAAAUGAAUCCAAACAAAUUAAUUACGAAAAACUCGUUAAUUUGGUUACACUCAAAACUACGAAAGCAGAGGCCUAUCAAAUGUCAGAUCGUACUAUCUUUGUACGACCAGAGUUGUUGUGUGAUUUAGGUUGUGAAACUCCACGUAUUAAUUAUGAGAGAUUUUUAGGUAAAAAAUAUCGUUACUUUUAUGCUAUUAGUUCCGAUGUAGAUGCCGACAAUCCUGGAACGCUUAUAAAGGUAGAUCUAUUUAAUAAAACUUGUCAAACAUGGUGCGAAAACAAUUGUUAUCCUAGUGAACCGGUAUUUGUGGCAGCCCCCAACGCACAAUUUGAGGAUGAUGGCGUCGUGCUAGCUUCAAUGGUUUGGGGUGGCUUAAAAGAUAAUUAUGUAGGACUAUUAGUGCUAUGUGCCAGAACGUGGACUGAAUUGGGUCGUUGUGAGUUUCAUGCAGAUGGUCCGGUACCUAAAUGUUUGCAUGGUUGGUUUGCCAAGGAUAUUGUUUAAAGUAGUAGUUUUAUUUUAUACAAAAUAAUAUGUAUUUGUUAUAAUAGUU